UAAUUCAGAUGGUUAGGUAAACGGCAUCGCCAGGAGUAACAUAGCCUUCAUUGUUUAGCUGUGUCCCUUUCUCAGUUAUAUUCAGUUUUGCUUAUUGCAUUGUAAAAGCAAAUAACUUGCAUCUCAUAAGAGUUGCCUAAAAUGACUGAGACGAAGACGAACCCUUCCGGACAAAGCAGCGGGGAGGUGGUGGGAGUGUCAUCCACCGUGGAAGAUGUUUUCGAUGACACUUACAAGGAAAAAGAGGGUCCCAAACCGCCAAGGAAAAUCGUGUGGAGAAACAUUGUGUUAAUGACAUUAUUGCACAUAGGAGCUCUAUAUGGAGUCAUCAUUCUGCCCUCCGCCUCGGUUCUGACCUUGGGGUGGUCUGUGGUGUGUUUCCUCAUAAGUGCGCUGGGGGUGACGGCGGGGGCUCAUCGGCUUUGGAGCCACAGGUCCUACAAGGCUUCGCUGCCUCUGCGAGUCUUCCUUGCCGUUGGGAAUUCAAUGGCCUUUCAGAAUGACAUCUUGGAGUGGGCUCGCGAUCACAGGGUCCACCACAAGUACUCAGAGACUGAUGCGGACCCGCAUAAUGCCGUGCGAGGCUUCUUCUUUGCUCACAUUGGCUGGCUUCUGGUGCGCAAGCACCCUGACGUGAUUGAGAAGGGCCGCCGACUGGAGCUCAAUGACCUGAAGGCAGACAAAGUCGUCAUGUUCCAGAGAAAGUACUACAAGUUGUCUGUGCUGGUGAUGUGCUUCCUGGUGCCCAUGCUGGUUCCCUGGUACCUGUGGGGGGAGUCUCUGUGGGUGGGCUACUUUGUCCCUGGCCUGCUGCGCUACACUAUUGUGCUGAACGCCACUUGGCUGGUCAACAGUGCUGCCCACAUGUGGGGGAACCGCCCUUAUGACCAGAGCAUCAACCCACGUGAAAACAAGUUUGUCACCUUUAGCGCCAUUGGGGAAGGAUUUCACAACUACCACCACACGUUCCCAUACGACUACUCCACCAGUGAGUUUGGCUGCAAGCUGAACCUGACCACCUGCUUCAUUGACCUCAUGUGCUUCCUGGGUCUGGCGUGGGACCGGAAGAAGGCAUCUCGCGAGCUCGUCCUGGCACGUGCCCAGCGCACAGGGGACGGCAGCCACAGGAGCGGCUAAACACCCCCCUACAACCAUAACCGCUUUCAACAUGCUUCAAAAACCGAUGUACCAAAAGAGACCACGUUCUCCACUAACAUUAGGCCGUGAUUCUGCCUGGUGGCCACAGUCGCAACUUCUGUCCUUCGUACGAGAAACAUGGACUCAAGGAGGGGCCUCCUCAUAUUUAAUAUUGCCCCCC